AUGAGAAGGCGUGAAGCAAGCCAGUGUCUUGGUGUAGGCGAUGGUGCUGUCAACAAUGCGGCCAUCGGUCCUGUCGAGUUCGGGCACGACGUCUUGUUUGACGAUAGUUCCUGGUGCGGGGUUUCGGGCGAAAAGCAAGAAGUAUAUGGCGAGAAAGAUGUCGUGGCUGGAGGUGGAGGUGGAGGAGGUGGAGGUGGUGGAGGUGGUGGAGGUGGCCCUCGAGGUCUGCGCUUUGGUGGCAUGGUCGUGGGCGUGGGCGUGGGCGUGGGCGUGGGCGUGGGCGUGGGCGUGGGCGUGGGCGUGGGCGUGGGCAGAGAGAAGCAGUAUUUGUGUCUCGUUGAGCUUCGCGUGGAUCGUGUCUUGGUCUCAGUCGCGCUGCGACAGACACAAUGUGACGCACUCACCAGCCAACUGGACGGCAAUAUCAGCUUCCCCUUUCCACGUGCACCUGUAAAGAAGAAGCAGCUUCGUAUUGUAUGCACAUCGUCCUUCAUGUAUAGCGGCAUCGUCUUCCCCUCCCCCACACUCUUGGCAGCAGUUGCACCUCCUAUCAUGAACAUCUCUGCCGCUGACCGCGCCAUCUUCAACGCCUUCAGCACAUGGUGGACCGAAUUCUACGACCUGCUCCUCGCCUGCGACGCCGAUGCCCAUCACUUCGCCAUUGUCACCACCACCAGUAUCGCCACUCAUGAUGAUGCCGUGACCCAGGUCCACGCGUGGCAUCGCGAACACGAACCUCCGCCCGCCGACACCGCCAGCGAGCUCUUUCUCGCCCGCCGUGUACCCGACAUUCCACCACACACCAUCGCAUCCAACACCAUCUAUCUCUCCGCCCGCGCAGCAAUCGCAGCCAUCCUCCACAACAAUAUCGACAACUGGCGCCUUCGAUGGUCGAGGACCGAACAUGCCUGGCAAUUCGACAUCCAGGUCUAUGAAUCACAGAACCUCCUCCAAAAGUCCUUUGACAAAUGGUAUCCCCACGCCCUGCAAGACCCAAUGCGCGUGAAAAGAGCUGUAGAGGACAUGGAGGCCGAAUACAGACGCAAGUUGGAGCAAAGGCGCGCGCUGCUUCGAGCCAAGAUUGAAAGCACAGUAGCUCGCUGGGAAGAGUCUGUCCAUCGCCAAACAUCUGUCGCGCAUGAGACUGCGGACGACGAGCACAUCGCGCUCCAGACCCAAGCAAAGCCGGUACACCAUCGCCAGAUGUCUGUCGCGAAUCCCACUUCGGCCGCGCCCCAUACUCAAGCACAGCCGGUCAACGAUCGCGAGACAUCUAUCGCCAACCCGAAUCAGGCAGCGCACCAGACUCCAGCAAAGUCGGUCGACAAUCGCACCAUAUCUAUCGCCAAUUCCACUCCCACUCAGUCGGUUGACAAUCACCCAGCAGCCGCCACCACAGACCAUCAGCGCAUGGCUCUGGGAAGCUUUCGAGUCUCUCAUCCCGCCCCCAGCGACCACUGCUGUACCACCACAGACUAUCAGCGCAUCGCUUUGGGAAGCUUUCGAGUCACUCACCUUGCGCCCAGCGAUCACCUGCGCAACAACAAGCUCUACACGAGAGCGAGUCUCCAAGAGGCUGACACCGAAAACAAGAAAGACUCGAGCGCAGGCAGGCAGGUCAUGGACGAAAAGGUGGGUGGAGAAGCGCCACGAUCAAUCAACACACUUCGAGACAACAGCUCGGCAGGCCACACGGAUGAUUUGAAGCAUUCUACACGCGCUCUUGACGACAAGUCGGAGCAGAGCUUUGGCGGGAGGGAUGGACAGGACGGAUCGAUUCGACAUCUGGCAAGUUGGCAGCUGAAGAGAUGGAAGUGUGGAACUUGCAAGGCUGAUGAUCAGCAGGAGCCGGAGCUGGCCAUAGCGGGAGGGGUGUGCAAAACAAAUCGGCAUCUGGCGGGUUGGCAGCUGAAGAGAUGGAAGUGGACUUUGCAAGGCUCGUGGAUGAUCAGUAGGAGCUGGAGCUGGUUAUGGGGCGAUGAUCAAGGCCCACUCAUUGUUGGGCAAUCCGUGAAACGCUUCAUUUCCCUGGCGCACCGUUCCCUCAAACCCCCCGACAAACCCAAAGAAGGUAUGGCACUGGUGACUUUCAAAUGGAGCUCUCUCGAGAAGCCGUCUUUGAGAAACCUGAUGGGUAGGAAGUACGAUGAGAAUCUCAACGACAAAAUGAGCCCCGAGGCCUUUCCUUCGGCAAACCAGGCCAACAAGAAAGGCGCCGCUGGAGAAUCAUCCGCGCGCUUUUCGCGGCUUUUCUAUCCACUCCUCCUCAUCUCUGAGGAUCUUCUCCAUGACUGGCGCAUACUCGUGAAGUUCAAGUUCACAAGCCGCCGCGGACAUCCUCAGCAUACCAAUGCUGAGCUUGCCGUAUAUCCCAUCCCACCCACACCGUUCCUGGGCAUCAUGUUGGGAAAAAUCGAGGACCCAAGGUCAACAAGAAAGACAUCGCUCGAGGUUCACCAGCGCGCCUUUUCGCGGCUUUUCCGCCCACUUUUCUUUAUCUCCCACAGUCUCCAGCAUGGAGCUCUUCUUCAUGACUGGGCGCAUCGCCACACUUCGAGAAGUUCACAAACCGCCACGGACAUCCCUCACUAUACUAUGGCUGUGCUUCCCACGCCGUUUGUAGGCACCAUAUUGGACAAAUCGAAGGCGCACAAGGUCAACAAGAAAGACGUCGCUCGCCCUUUACCCGCGCGCCUCUCGCGGCUUUCUAUCCACUCCUCUUCGUCUCCUAUAGCUGGAAAUCCAGCUCUUCCUGACUGGUGCAUCACAUCAUUACCCUUGGUGAAGUUCACAACCCGCUACGGACAUCCCCAACCACACCGCAUCGUGUUGGUGUCCGAGUGUGAAUUUCACAACCCGCCACGAACAUUUUUCACUACAUCAGUGCUGACCGUGUCUCCUAUCCCACCUGCACCGUUGCUGGUGUCCACCAUGUAUGGUACUGAGGUGCUCAACUCGCCGUUCGAGAUGCUAUCAGGCCCCAGGAGAGAGCGUCCUGUUCAAAUCCUGGAGAUUGCAACCAAGACAAUGGGCAACACUGGCAAGGCACGAACAGCUAAGAAGACUUCAACCAAGACAGAGGCGAACACUAGCAAGGCAAUCCUCCCACUCACAUCGCUACUGGUGUCCGCCAUGUUACCGAGGUGCUCAGUGAGCUCUUUUCCUCAUUCAUCAGUUUGGUACGGAGAGAGCGUCGUGUUUUCAUAUUCACGAGAGCGGGCCAACACUGGCAAGAUACCGCCAAUCAAAAAGACUGCAAACAAGAAGACUGCGCCUAUGACAAAGGCUAGCAGCAACCAAGAAGACUGCAACAAUGACAAAGGCCAACGCUUGCAAGGGAUCGGAAGCCUAGAAGACUGCAAGCAAGACAAAGUCCAACAUGGCAAGGCACCGGUAGCCAAGAAGAUCGCAACCAAAAGCCAGCGAAAAACACCUGCUGCUACCCUACCUACACUGCCAAGGCAAGGCACGAAAGACACCUGCUGCCGCCCAAAAUGUCGGGCAGAAGGCACCGGCAACGAAGAAGACUGCGACUAA